AUGACUUUUUGUCUUAUUGACACCUGUGAAAUGACUCAAAGCAAUGGUGGUUCGUAUGUUAAAGCUAGGCUAGACGAUCAGGACUAUGCUGAAGAAUAUAGUAGAUUGGCAACAAUUGAUGAAAGCUUAAGGUUCUCUUGCGAUGAGUGUGGUGGAAAAGAAGAUACAGAAGAGAAAAUUAACAGCCACAUUGCUAAAGAACAUGGAAGUGGAUCAUUUUUUGAGUAUAAUAGAAAAGAAGAUUUUGCAGAAAACUUUGCUAAUAGAAUGAGAUACCUCUUUAACAAGGAAAAGUAUGAGAAGAUUUCAAAAAAGAUUUACUCAGUUGAUGUUGAUUUCCAAAAUGCUGAAAGGCUUGAAGGUGUCAUAGAAAUGGCAAUUUCAGGCUCACAGCUGUUUUCUAAUCUGGAAAGUUCCAAGGAGUUGUGGAUGACAGAUCACGAAUGGAGAAGUGUGAGACUAAGAGUGUUAAAAGAAAAGCUAUUGUUUUACAUUUGA